CCAGAAUAAAAGCAUUCCUUCAAAUUCAAAAACAUAUCAAACAAAAUUAUGUUGCUUCUGCUUCCCCUCCAAAAUCAGAGCUCCUUUCGAAACUGAUUUUUAUCAUUUUAGGGUUUUUCUUUCUUCAAUAAUCACCCCCUUUCGAUAUAUACACACAUUUCCCCCCAAAUUCAAUCCAUUUUUUUUUUUAUCAAUAGACGUCAGUCAGAAACCCUAAUUACUAGUUUGCAGAGAUAUGUGGGCUUAUGAUUUUAACAAGAACCAAGGUCCCGGUACUGCUUCCGGAAAGCCACAGCCUUUGUUCGGUUUGCACGCUUCGUCCCAACCACAGUCGUCCUGGUUCAAUGGUUCUUCCGUAAAGCAUGAAGGUCAUCAAAAUCCUGUAGGAGCGCCCGUUUUUCCAUCACAUAAUCGGGAAACUGAUUUUCCUCCGAUAAACCAAGUUCAGGAUUUGAAAAGGACAAGAUCGCCACCUAUACUAUCUACGUAUAAAGAUGCUCUGCAAAACUCAACAACUGCUGUAGGGAGGCCUUCUUUUUCUCCUCCCAGGUUAAGUACAAGGCCCACUAGUCAAGGUGGUUCACAAAGUAAUGCUUGGCAUCGACCAUCUACUGAUCCUUUUAAAAGCAAAGCACCUGUAACCAAUCCAAGUGAUUUUCCAGUUCCAAAAAGGACUAGGCUGCCUUUCACAUCAUCAACUGAUCCAGGGUUGCGUGGGAAUGGAAGCUCUGUACUUGAUAACACCGAAAGCCACUCUGUUGCCCAAAGAACCAAAUAUCCUCAUUUUUCGCAAAGAAACAAUCCUGGAGAAGGUUCUGGUCCUUCAAGAGAAACUAGAAGGCCUUCUGUAUCAUAUGCCGAUCUUGAUGAACCCGAAGUACCUGCAACCAAUCCAAUCAAUUUCCCUGUUCUAAAAGGGACCAGGUUACCUUUUACGACAUCAACUGAUCCAGGGUUGCAGGGAAAUCACAGCUCUGUACUUGAUGACACUGAAAGGCCUUCUGUAUCACCUCCGAGAUCAAGUACAAGGCCCAAUAGUCAUACUGGUCCACAAAGCCAUGUUUGGCAUCCUCCAUAUGCCAAGUUUGAUAGACCAAACGCACCUGUAAACAAUCCAAUCAAUUCCUCCGUUCUAAAACGAAGUAGGUUACCUUUUACAACAUCAACUGAUCCAGGGAUGCAGGGAAAUGACAGCUCUUCUGUGCUAGAUGACACUGAAAGAGAAUUGCAAGCCAAAGCAAAGAGAAUGGCCCGCUUUAAAGAUGAACUUAGCCAACCUGAACCAAGCGAGACUGGUAACAGAAACCAAAAAUCACAACAGGUUGAUCAUUUAGGCACAGACAAAAGAAAGUUAAUGGGGGAAGCUUCAGAUAUGACGGGUCAUUUACGUAAUAGCAACUUACAAAAUGACGGUGAAGAUCAAGAUUCAUCAAAUGCUAUAGUUGGAUACUGUCCUGAUAUGUGUCCAGAGCAAGAAAGAGCAGAGCGAGAGAGGAAAGGAGAUCUUGAUCAAUAUGAACGUCUGGAUGGGGAUAGGAACCAGACAACUGGAUCCCUUGCAGUUAAGAAGUACACUAGGACAGCUGAGAGGGAAGCUGCACUGAUACGCCCGAUGGAAAUCCUGCAGAAGACGAUGGACUAUCUUUUGAGCUUGCUGGACCAACCCUAUGAUGAUAGAUUUCUGGGUUUAUACAACUUCUUGUGGGACAGGAUGAGGGCUGUCAGGAUGGACCUCAGGAUGCAGCAUAUAUUUAAUCUAGGGGCUAUUACUAUGCUGGAGCAAAUGAUACGGCUUCAUAUUAUAGCUAUGCAUGAAUUAUGCCAAUAUACGAAAGGAGAAGGUUUUUCAGAGGGAUUCGAUGCACAUCUUAAUAUUGAACAGAUGAACAAAACAUCUGUUGAGUUGUUCCAGUUGUAUGAUGAUCACAGAAAGAAGGGAAUAAAGGUGCCUACAGAAAGAGAAUUUAGAGGUUAUUAUGCCCUUCUCAAAUUGGAUAAACAUCCAGGUUAUAAAGUUGAACCGUCAGAGCUCUCACUCGAUCUUGCAAAGAUGACACCGGGGAUUCGACAAGCUGCAGAAGUGCUGUUUGCUCGUAAUGUAGCUAGAGCCUGCAGAACUAGUAAUUUUAUAGCUUUCUUUCGUUUAGUUAGAAAGGCUAGCUAUCUUCAAGCAUGCUUGAUGCAUGCUCACUUUGGCAAGUUACGGACUCUGGCCCUUGCCUCUCUUCAUAGUGGCCUGCAGACUAACCAAGGCAUACCACUAUCCCAGGUUGCCAAGUGGCUUGGAAUGGAGGACGAAAACUUGGAAGACCUUUUGGAAUAUCAUGGAUUCUCUAUAAAGGAUUUUGAUGAGCCAUAUAUGGUAAAGGAGCGACAGUUUCUGAAUGGAGAUAGUGAAUAUCCCUUGAAAUGCUCAAAACUUGUUCAUAUGAAGAGAUCAACAACUGUUGUUGAGGAUGUUUUAUCUUCUCCGAUAACAUCCUUCCCAGCUGAGGAUCCAAAAGGGGUUCAAUUCCGGAUGCCUCCUAUGCAAGAAGAGUCACCUGCUCUUCGUGAAAAGACUCCGGCUUUUGUCAAACCCAUGGAUAGCCACAUGGCAGAUGUUGGAGAUGAAAUUGUUAAAAACGAAACUAAAGUGCAAUCAGUUUUUACUCCACCGGUAGUUGACUCAUGGGAUGAAGAUCAGCGUCACAUAGAAGUUGCAAGCCGUUCACCUCGGGACAUCUUUAAAAAUAUCAAUUCUUUUAAAUCUCCAAAGGUUGUCACCGCGAGUGUUGUGAAUCCUGGUUUUGAUAUGAAGUUUAGGAACUCUUUUGAGAAGCAGGACCAAUCAAACAUAUCUGCAGCAUCUCAAGUAGCUUCACCUAGAAAAUUUACAGUAGAAACAUUGCCAGAUGUACAGAUGGAUUUUCCUGUUGAAGAUUCACUGGUCCAGCCCGAUUUUCUUGAGGAUCUAGAACCUAAAGAACCUGAAAAUGCGAUUGAAGAAGUGCCAAAUGAAAUUGAACUCGAUGCCUCUAUAAAUGAAGAAGUUGCUGAGGCAAAACUUAAGCUGAUACUGAGGCUUUGGAGACGACGCGCUUCCACAAAGAAGGAUUUACGUAUUAAAAAACUACUGGCAGCAAAUGCUGCAUUGAGCUCACUUUCGUUAGGAUUGCCAAUGUGGCACUAUAAAGAGCUAUCAAAAGUUCCUCUGGACUUCAAUAUUGACCGUGCAAUGUGUGAAAGAUACGAGAAACAAGAACAAUUGUGGUCGACAGUUCAUGUUUCCAAUGUGGUAGCACCUAUUCUUGGUCAACGUUACCAAUAUCCCAAAUGUGUUUGCUGGAAGUUAUUAUUUUGGUCUCUCGACUUGGAAACCAGGGCCAAAGUUUCUGAUUUGGAUCUCGGCUCAUGGCUUCGGUAUAAGCUUAUGCCCGAAAAUAUUGGUAAUAGUGAUGAUAUAGUAGCAUCUUCGCAAAAUCUGUCAAUAUGGAAGAAAUUGGAUUAUGGAAAAUCAGCCGGUGAUUGGACUUACUAUUUGUCAGUGGUACGCAACAUAGAAUUUGAUAGUUUAGCUGAAGAAACAGUUUUGGGUACAAGUGCUGUCAUGUUCUUAGCAUCUGAAGGGAUAUCGUGGGAAGCCCAAAAGCUUCAGCUUUUUAACCUUGUAUCAUUGAUACCUUGUGGGUCAUGUUUGCCGCUUCUGAUCUUAAGUGUCUCAGAUCCCUCAACCAUAGUUGAAAAUUUGGGGCUCAAUGAAGUUGAUAAAUCAAAGAUCAUCUGCUUUUCAGUUGUUUCGUUAGAUGGUUUUUUCAGUGAUGAAUUUCUAAGAAAAGGGCUAGAGUGGCUGGCGAGUCACAGUCCAGUACAACCCGUUGUUCACUGUGUAAAAACACGUGAAUUAGUUCUUAAUCACCUACAAUUUGUGCAGUUCGAUGCUCAUAACAUAAGCCCAGAACAAUGCAUCGUGGUUAUCAACGAUGCUGUGGAUGACUCAAUCAAAGAUAUCGUUCAAGCUGCAAAGUCAAAUCCUAUUUGUUGGCCUUGUCCUGAGAUCUCAUUACUGAAUGGGCCUGAUUAUCAAAUUUUGGAAUCUCAUUUGCCUCGUUUAGGAUGGAGUUCAGCUACAAGAAUUGGGCCUUUAACACAAGCAUUAAGAAAUUGUAAAUUACCCUCUAUUCCAAAUGACAUAUCUUGGUGUUGUAAUCGUUCUCUGACGGGGAUCAAUAUCAACAACCAGAAACAAGUACUCGAGCACUUCCUGGUCAGCUACUUGAGUCCUUUAAUGGGAUUGCCCUUGGCACAAAAAGAAACAUCAGCUUUGAUCCAAAGUUGUGUGGGACUCGAGCUACAUGGUUCAAUGUAUUACCUAGCUCCAAAGUGGCUCAUGAUAUUCCGGCGUGUGUUAAAUUGGCAGUUAAUCAGUUUAUCUAAUAGUGAGAUUUCAACGGCGUAUAUCUUGGAACAAAAAGAUAUCCGGUCUCAAUUUGCUUCGGAAAGUCUUGAUACAUCGUAUCAGCUGAUAUCACCAUCUCUGGAUGAAAUGAUAGAAGUUAGCUGCUGCACGCCCAUCAUGCCUGAUUUAGGACGGGAAUCAACUUACAAGGAAAUGAGUACAGCAGUAGUUUGUGAUCGCUCUGAAGACGAUGAAAUGGUGGUUAGUAGAGAUGAUGAAGCAGAAGAGGAAAUAAGGAAGAUUUAUGUGGAGAAUGAGAGCAAGAAGGAUAGGGAGAGUGAGAGGAGGUUAAGCAGAUUGCUAGAGCAGUGUAAGAUUGUACAGGAUAGAAUAGAUACGAAGCUAUCCGUGUACUUCUAAUAUAAUGCAAUUUAGUGAGUUGAAUUUUGGUUAUUUGCAACCGCAAAUGUAUUCUUUCUGUAUCUAAUUUGUUACAUUAGAUUUGUAUAUCUUAUAAUCGAUGAUCAUUCAAGCAUCGUUUCAGUU